CUCUCUCUCAAUCUCUUCGAACCCCACAUGUUUGUUCUCACGGCACAUGGGGGGCAGCGAAUCACCCGAAUGCCAGCCCAGCACCGAGGAGGAGGAGGAAGAGGAGGAGGUGGCGCCACGGCUCCUGUGGGCGGCCGAGGAAUCUCUCUCUGGGAUCCGGCUCACGGAGGCCCCGAUCCUCCUGCUGGUCUACUUCCACAAGGCGUUCCGCGCUGAGCUUGCCGAGCUUUGCCGCGGUGCGGCUGCCCUCGCCGAGAUGGGGCCCCACGGUCGCCGGGAACGCCUGCGGGGGCUCCGCGGGAGGUUUGAGUUCUUGAUGCUGGCACAUGAGUACCCCAGCGCUGCGGAAGAUGAGGUUAUAUUUCCGGCAUUAGAUUCACAUGUAAAAAAUGUAGUGUGUACAUAUUCACUCGAACAUAGGAGCAUAGGCGAGCUAUUCAACUCGACCAUUCGUUUCUUUGAUUUAUUGAUGGAGGAUGACGACAAUGAGCCCGAGCCAUAUCAAGAGCUCGUGUUUUCCCUCAGCACCGUCCAGUCAUCCGUUUGCAAGCAUAUGCGUAAGGAAGAAAAGCAGGUGUUUUGGCUGCUGAUGCAACGGUUUUCCCGGAAAGAACAGGCUUCACUUGUUUGGCAAUUCCUAUGUGGUGUCCCGGUCAUGCUUUUAGAGAAUUUACUUCCAUGGAUGAUCUCCUUCGUUUCCCCUGACGAACAGGACCAAAUCAACGAUUUUGUUAAGGAAACGGUCCCUGAAGAAACCCUGCUGCAGGAGGUAAUGAUAGGCUGGCUUAGGAAGAAAGAUUGGUCAUACUUGACGGGAAAUGUCGAGAUUAGAUCGAUGUGUGAAUUAUACGGCAGAUCUGCAAGUGGGGAAAGCACUCUCGAGCAGCAGCAGCCGCGAGCUAAAAGUGUUGGAAAAAUUCCAAAAUUCUCUCUGACCAAUGGUUUCAAAAUUUGGCACGGCGCCAUUAGGAGAGAUUUCGAAACAGCACUAGAGGCGCUCCAUCUACUCAAAAGCUCAGGGACGUUUUCCAAUUUGCCGGCAGUGCUUUUGCAGCUGAAAUUCCUUUUAGAUGUGCUAGUCUUGUAUAGCAAUGCAUUGUGUCAAAUUUACUAUCCUGAACUAAAUGAACUAGCUGAUGGCCGUGAAUUUUCCUCAUUUGAUUGGUUUGCGUACGAGAGCCAAAUUGGACGUCUUCAACAGUUACUUCGCAUUGAUGCGCAAGAUGAGAUGUUCCGAUGCGAUCUUAUAGAGCAGCUUUCCCGCGAACUGAAGUCGUUUCAAAUGGAAAUCAACAGAUUCUUUUCUUACCAAGAGAUAGAGGUACUUAACGUGAUUAGCAUGAACUGCAGUCAUGAAAUGCAAAUGCAGCUUCUGUACACGAGCAUAUGCACGUUGCCUCUCGGAUGGAUCGAAUGCGUGAUCACUUGGUUUUCGGCUCGUUUAUCAGCGGAGGAAUCGAGGUCCAUUCUUGUUAACAUAAACCGAGGAGACAACAAGGUUGGCAGUUCUUUUACCUUGCUACUGCAUGAGUGGUUCCGCAUCACUUGUUCAGGCAAGAAAUCCAUCGGGGAAUCCAGGACGGACGCACGAUAUUUGUUCAAGACGACAUUGUUUACACUGCCUGAACAUUUCAAGGGAGAAGCCGAGUUUUCUGCUUCAACCUCACAAGCGGAUAAUAAAUCUUGCAGAGGAUCUUAUCCCAGGUUAUUGGGAACUGAUUCGGCCGCUGUUAUUAAGUUGAAUACAUCUCACUCUGGUAGAAUUGCUUUGAGCUCGUUCUUUUCUUUGAGGCCGAAGGCAUCGAAUAACUCAAAGUUUUCCGCAGUGAACAAUGAUGUUAUUUCAAAUAUGGAUCGGUGGGAGCCAGUCGAUAUUAUCUUAUUCUUCCAUAAGGUUAUGGAGAAAGAUCUUACAAAUCUUGUCCAAAAAUCACUUAAACUAAUGGAAGAUGCCGGUUUCCUCGAAGAUUUCCAGAAACGAUUUGUUCUAAUAUGUAGUUUGUAUCAAAUCCACAGUGAUACAGAGGAUGAGGUAGCUUUUCCAGCUUUCGAAGAAAAGGGCAAAGUUCAGAACAUGAGCUUCUCCUACACCAUUGACCACAGACUCGAAGCUCAACACAUUAGCGAUAUAUCGUCCGUUCUGGAUAAGAUCUCUAAAUUGCACAUCUCUUCAAAUGAUUCUGAUUUAAGUGCGAGGCAAAGGCAUCAUCAUCUAUGUUUAAAGCUUCAGGAUAUGUGCAGGUCCAUGCAUAGGAUAGUCUCUGAUCACAUCCGAAAUGAGGAAAUUGAAAUUUGGGCUUCAGUUAGAGCAUCCUUUUCUGUUGCAGAACAGGAAAAGAUCAUAGGCUGCAUGCUUGGUAGAAUAAGAGCUGAGGUACUACAAGACAUGAUACCGUGGCUUAUGGAGUCUUUGACACCCGAAGAACGGCAGACGUUGAUGUCCACAUGGAGACAUGUGACAAGAAACACAAUGUUCGACGAGUGGAUGCGCGAAUGGUGGGAGGGGGAUAGUGUGAAGAAGGAGGUGGAGUUGAAUGUCUCGUCCAAAGACAUCCUCGAGGAACGCGGGGAAAAAAUUCGGAACCAAGUAGUCAACUUACCGCAAGGGCGUGCUACCAUUUCCAAAUCCAAGCAACUGAAAAUGAGCUCAGCUGAUAAAGGAAAAUUGUACAGGCAUAAGUCUGAUGUGGAGUAUUCCAAGUGCACAGAACUUUCUAAUGGUGCUGCAGAACAUCUGCAAGUUAGCCAUAAGUCCGAGGACCAAGAGAAUGUUUCUGCGAUGAGUCAAGAAGAACUGGAAGCUGCAAUUAGGAGAGUGUCCCGUGAUUCUUCCUUGGAUCUGCAUAAGAAAUCAUCCAUCAUACAGAGUCUGUUAAUGAGUCGUUGGAUUACUGCCCACCAGAAAUCUAACUUGGCUCUCAGUGUCUCGAGCGAUGGAGAAGACAUACCUGGUCGUUCUCCAUCUUAUCGUGAUCAGCUCAAGAUGACUUACGGAUGCAAGCACUACAAGAGGAACUGCAAGCUUCUCGCCCCAUGUUGCGACCAGCUCUACUCGUGCAGGCGUUGCCACGAUGAGGAAAACUAUCAUUCAGUUGACAGGAAAUCUAUUACCAAAAUGAUGUGCAUGAAAUGUUUGACGAUUCAGCCAAUUGGAACCACGUGCUCAACAGCUUCGUGCGACAAUUUGUUGAUGGCCAAAUACUAUUGCAGAAUCUGUAACAUAUACGACGAUGAAAGGGUUAUUUUCAAAUGCUGGAUACACUUUUGGCUGAAGAGCAAAUGCCAGACGAAUAUUCUGGCAAGACCCAGGUUAUUCUCUGCAACGACUGCGAGAAGAGAGGAAGCGCAUCUUUUCAUUGGUUGUAUCACAAGUGCGCACAUUGCGGUUCAUAUAACACAAGGCUGCUUUGACUCCAACCUAAGACGUCCAUCAGACAACUCUCCUCGGCAUUCGCAUAGCGCAAAGAACGAUGUUGAUUGUUUUUCUUCUUCAAGCGGGUUCAGGCUCGCAUGAGUUGCUCUAUGUAUCUGCUUCACAUGAUGCAAAUUCCAGUGAUCGAGGAAAUAUAAAGCUUACCUUUUCAUAGUGGGAGAAUAUGAAGUGAGUAGGAAGAGCUUCUGGUGUGCCAAAACUGCAAAAAUUUCAGUCACAAAUGUCUGCCAAUUACUGUAAUGUUAUACAGUACAACGGCAGCACCGUAGAAGCUCCUGGCCUCAUAUAUCUCUGAAACGAUUGCUAGGAUUUUCAUCUGAUAACUGAUCCUGCUUGAGUUUUUGCAAAAGUAGUUAAAGGGACUCGAUGGAACAACAACAAUGAAUGAGCUCAACGACUCGAUUUGUGCUGUACGAGUUACAUAGAUGCUUCUGCAGUUGUUUGUCGACGAAUAGUUGUAUGUAUGGUUUAUUGUUUCUUGAUAUAUACUGAUCUAGAGUCAGGACAAAUGAAACUUCAGUCGCAGAGAUUAUCCGA